AUGGCGGCCGCCGACUCCGCUCCUUCCUCCGCGGCGGUACUUGCGGAGCAGCAAAUCAUCCUCCUGAAGGCGCACAGCGCCAUACUCGCUCUGCUAUUCGCAGCGGUGUUCUACGGCAUCGCCCUCUCCCUCGCCGUCUGCUACUUUCGACGCUCCGCCGGCCAGAUCCACGAACCGCUUUUCGUUCUGAGCCAGGACAUUACGACUCUCGUCACGAUAAGCACGUUGCCGUCUUCGCGGAUCACCGUCCCACAGACGCUGGAAGCCUGGGUGUGCGCGAUGUUCGCCGUCGAAGUCAAGGCGUACUACGUCUACCGCGCAGUCCGCGUCACGAAGCACCGCUUCCUCCAAGCUCUCGCUAUCCUGCUCUGGCUCGGUACGGUCUGUGGUUUCCUCGGCUGCGCCGUCGUCACCUUGCAAAUCCGCCUUGGUGCUACUAUCCCGCCCAGACAGGCUGUUGCCUGGAUGCUCGCAUCCGCCUGGGCCUUCGCAGCCGACGGACUUCUCUGCGCGUCGGUACUGGUCUACGAGCUCGUCUACAAGCGUCGCGCUGCCAUUGUUAGAAGCUUGUCGAUGCAUCAGUUCACCGUGGUGGCGGUGAGCAGCAGCGUAGCUCUGCUGCCGCUACUCUUCAGCAUGGCCGUCAUGGAUACCGUCGCCUACGUCACGCAGAAGCCGGUCCAUGUUCAGACGGGCUUUGCCAUGUCGCGCAUCUUCCCCUUCGUCUCGUGCUGCAUCGUCUUCACCUGCCUGGUCGAACGCCCCUCGCUCGGCGUCCGCUACGUCAGCGCAACUGUCUCCAACACGUCCUGCACUCGGAGGGAGGGCACGAAGCAGUCAGCCUCGCACCCAUCCCUCCACGACCGCCCUUCGCAGCAACUCUACGACGUUGCGGUCCUCUCCGCCGAAUAUCCGCCUUGCCGCCUCGAUGACGCUUUAAAGGAGGGUACGGGCGGCUGCGAAGCGCCGCGCGACAAGAAGUUUGGCAGCAACCCGCAUACGCCGCCGCUGACGGGCCCAGGAGCGUCGGCGCAACCUGCUCGAGCGAUUCGAGGCGAGCGCAGGUCGAGCGACGAGACGAAGGAUGAGGCUGACGAUGAGCAGAUCAGCCUGCGAGGCUUGCUUGCGCCGAGUCCCGUCUGA